AUCGGUUUACCCGAGAAGUUGUGCAGCCACUCCUCCCCUAAGCAGCUUCUCCUUGUCUGUAGAAAUGCCGUACUCCUCCUUCUUUACCUGAUGAAGCAUGACAGAUCCUCUGUUGACCCUAGCGUCUGUGUGCCCACGGUAGCUGAAAUAUUGCCGCCCUUGAUUAGCUUGUUGAAUACAAUGCCUAAUCUGAUACCAAUGGCCGAAAAAUCUGCUCUAACGAGCGUUCGUCAGGCCAGAGAUGAUGCACGCGGAAAGUAUGUCAGCACAUCAUCAGAUAGUCAACCAGGAGAUACAAUUUCAAUUGAAACGACACAUUUGAUUCUGACAGAAGACGAGAAUGGAGAUCAAGAUAGACAGGAAGAGGAGGAAGAGGAAUCGGAAGGAGAUUGGAGGGGAGAGGAAGAGGAAGAGGAAGAAAAGGCGAAUGCAGAUGGCACAAGAAUGGAGAGACUCAAGUCAAUUGACGAAUUCGGUGAGGUAGCGCACAUUGUGACGUCUCGAUCAGUUGCAACGGAAGGUCCAGUCAUAGGAAUGAAAGUGAAGCAGUCAGAGCUGGUAAAUGAGCAGCGAGGCAUGUUGAGGACACAAAUUGGCAGACGAGACGUAAAACAGGUAUCAAAUUUACGUCAGAAUGAACUGCACCGAAUGACCGAAGAAGAAGCGGAGCAAUGGUGGUCUCUCUGGCAGGCAGUUUUAGACUUAUUGGUCGAGAUUGCAAGAGUUAAAUUAGAUGUUACAAUCUUGAAAGCUGGGUACCUAAUAAUUGCAUGUUGA